CAACGUUGCGGACGACCCGACGCGGCGCCAGGCGGUCCGCGCAGCAUGCCGCCCGAGGCCUGACUGGCUGGAGCACGCGGACCUGCUGGACUGGCUGCUCACGCGGCUACCCACAGCCAAGGCCUGCGCUGCGUGGCUGCGGCUCGUCUGCCUGCUGCUGGGGAGCAGCGGACUUCGAGCGCUGCGGACCGCCCUUGCCGAGGGUCGUCGCCUGGCUCCUGCUCCCGCCCUCUGCGGGGUGCCUGGGCAAGGCUCGGGCGGAGGCCGCUGGGCGGCCACUGGAGUGGCUCGCGUCCCAGUGAAGUCAGAGAAGAGUGAAUUCGCUCCUGUGUUUCAUCGUGCAGGGCUCUUGCAUCACUGACACCUGUACGUGCGUAUCGCUGGCGGGUGCACCAUUUUGGAGCAGAACUGGUAUCCUCUUCGUGUUUCUGGUUGCGACUACUUGUGAGCCAGCAGGAGGUCUCCCCAGCCCCGCUAUGCCAGAUUUUGGAAGGUCUCGUCUCGCUAAACAUGAUCCAGAGUUUGCUAAUCGUCGCGCAGUUCCUUUGCCUUCAGGGCGUCCGAUUCGUGCGGCCACUCGCCGUUCCAGAGAAAAGUUACUUACUGAAUUCGACCUUUGGUUAGUGGAGAUUGCUGGCUAUCCUUGUCUUGGGAGCUUGCUGGAGCAGACAAUGGGGGACCCUCGCAUCAUCAACGGAGUUCUGGUUGAGUUUGGCCAGUACCCGAGCGAGUUUCUGCUGGCGAAGCGUGCCCAGCUCGUACUGCCACGUGACAUCCUUUUCGAGAGGCCGUACGCACUCUUCACCAUCCAACUCCCGAAGACGGCCACGCUUGGGGCCAAGGUCCAGAGCGCCCGAGUCGAGCCGCCCGACAUCGUCGAGAUGCUGGACUGCAUCAUCGGCGCCGCACCUCCUGAUGCGAUGCUCUGGCCGAUGAGCGGCCAGACCUUCAGGAAGCGGUUCAACAGCCUGUGUCGGGAGUUGCGGCCCCCUCUCAACCUAGGGGGGAAAUGCCGAGGAGCGCUCGAUCUUGCUUCUCUCCGUGCGGGUGGCGCCACCCAGCUCUUCUUGGAGACGGAUGAUCCGCAUCUCGUCUAAAAUAAGGGGUCGUUGGAUGUCUCAGAAAGUCAUAAUGGGGUGACGGGUUACUGAGUCUGCCGU